AUGAAGUCUACAGGUUAUAUCUUGGCUUUCCAGGUCUGCAUCAUUUUGGGUUCUUGUAGCUGGUACUGCCAGGCUACAUUCAUUGCAGAACUAGACAAGCUAAAGGAAUAUUUUAAUGCCAGUAAGUCAGAUGUAGCGAAUGGAGAGAUUCUCUUCUUAAACAUCUCUAAGAAGUGGCAAGAGGAGAAGGACAAAAUCAUCCAGAGCCAGAUUGUCUCCUUCUACUUCAAACUCUUUGACACUGUGAAAGAUAAACAUAUCCAGGCGAGCAUAGAUGCCAUCAAGGAAGAUCUAGUUGUGAAGUUCUUCAACAAUAGCGUUGACAAACUGUGGGACUUCCUAAAUAUUACUCAAAUUUCGGUAAAUAACCAGCUGGUCCAGCGCAAAGCGAUCAAUGAACUCCGAGGUGUAUUAAGAAACCUGAUGCCAGCACAAAGGAAGCGAAAGAGGAGUCCAUGCUGCUUUGGGGCUCUAGCACGUCAAAAUAAGAAUCGUCCUGCCAGAGUUAUUUGA